GUGUAGGGGAAAUUUCAAAGCUGGAUCCCAGAGUGUGGUGAAAGUGGACAGGUAAUAACUCUUUCUUUGCUGCCUCGUCGAUCCUUGUCCUGCCCUGGCUUCCCUUGCUCUGAGCACUAGCAUAUCCAUUUUCGCCUUGUUGCCUGAGCUUCCCGGCUCGCACACUAUGCAUGCGAUAUUCGCACACAAAAGUACCAACCAGCCGUCCAAGCAUUACGUGCCGCACCACAAACCGCCAAAAUGCCUAAGCAGGUCUCAGACAUCAAGCAAUUCAUCGAAAUCGCUCGCCGAAAGGAUGCGUCCUCGGCGAGAAUAAAGAAGAACAAGAAGACCAACCAGGUCAAGUUCAAGAUUCGAUGCCACCGCAACCUGUACACUCUCGUUCUGAAGGACUCUGACCGCGCGGAGAAGCUGAAGCAGAGCCUGCCGCCAGGUCUGCAGAUCGGUGAGACCCCAAAGAAGAACGUCAAGGGCAAGCGCGUCGCCAAGGCAUAGAGCGCAGCGAGGAGAUGACGGGCGUGGAAAUGGAAUAGCAUUCUGCACAUGGCGUUUGUAUGUUCACGGGACAUGGCAUUGUCACGAUAGAUUACCGUAUCGUGUUUUGCAAUCGACUGCGACACGAAGAAAAAGUCAAGGUCACAAGGAAUCAAUACUAUUUUGAGCCGUCACUCUUGAUCUGGCUGCCAAAGCAAUACUGUGAAUCUCGCAUCCC